GUAGGGGAAAAGGGGCGUGGCGCGUCGGCCGCGGAGCGUGCGCAGGCGCCGGCUGCUGCGGAGCAGAUGGCGGAAAUGGACCCGGUAGCCGAGUUUCCCCAGCCUCCCGGUGCUGCGCGCUGGGCUGAGGUUAUGGCUCGCUUCGCGGCCAGGCUGGGCGCGCAGGGCCGGCGGGUGGUGUUGGUCACGUCAGGCGGCACCAAGGUCCCACUGGAAGCGCGGCCGGUGCGCUUCUUGGACAACUUCAGCAGCGGGCGGCGUGGUGCAACCUCGGCCGAGGUCUUCCUAGCAGCCGGCUACGGGGUCUUGUUCUUGUAUCGCGCUCGCUCCGCCUUCCCCUAUGCCCACCGCUUCCCACCCCAGACUUGGCUGUCCGCUCUGCGGCCUUCGGGCCCAGCCCUUUCGGGCUUGCUGAGCCUGGAGGCCGAGGAGAAUGCACUUCCGGGUUUUGCUGAGGCUCUGAGAUGCUACCAGGAGGCUGCGGCUGCAGGCACCUUCCUGGCGGUGGAGUUCACCACUUUGGCGGACUAUUUGCAUCUGUUGCAGGCUGCGGCCCAGGCACUUAAUCCGCUAGGCCCUUCUGCGAUGUUUUACUUGGCUGCGGCUGUGUCAGAUUUCUAUGUUCCUGUCUCUGAAAUGCCUGAACACAAGAUCCAGUCAUCUGGGGGCCCACUGCAGAUAACAAUGAAGAUGGUGCCAAAACUGCUUUCUCCUUUGGUUAAAGAUUGGGCUCCCAAAGCAUUUAUAAUUUCCUUUAAGUUGGAGACUGACCCUGCCAUUGUAAUUAAUCGAGCUCGGAAGGCUUUGGAAGUUUAUCAGCAUCAAGUGGUGGUGGCUAAUAUCCUUGAGUCACGACAGUCCUUUGUGUUUAUUGUAACUAAAGACUCGGAAACCAAGUUAUUGCUAUCAGAGGAAGAAAUAGAAAAAGGCAUAGAGAUAGAAGAGAAGAUAGUGGAUAAUCUUCAGUCUCGACACACAGCUUUUAUAGGUGACAAAAACUGAAGUAAAAAGCCCUUACAGGAUCAAAAAUUGUUCAGGGCUCUUAGAGAUGGUGAAAACUAUAAUAAAACCGUGGCUUUCAUAUGGACAGAGAAAAUGAAAGAAAGGGAAAAGGCAGUGGUAUGCAGGCAAAUAUGGUUUGGUAUUUGUCUUUUAAUGACACCUGAUACACUCACCUGAAUGUUAUUUUGAUUUUGAAAUUGAACACUAGAACUGUUUCUCACCUUUAAAAAGAACAGCUUAUUGGGAAUUAUAUAUUCCUUAAAAUAUACAUGGGGGCCUGAAUAUCAGCCAUCUUUAUACUAUAAAAAGAAGAUUAUGGAUGCAUGAAUGGUCAUGUUUUGGUGAUCAAAUAUUGGUUGAAUGCCUAUGUAUGUCAGGCCCUGUGCUGAGCCAUGAGGAUUAAAAAGAUGAAUAAACAUGUCUUGUUUAGGAAAUGGAUGUAUAAAAAAUUAAGUGCAAUAAAGUGUGUGUCCAAAAGCUGACCCAAUGGAAAGGA